UCAACAAAAAGGACAGAAAAAGAUGCCUGGAUGCUUCUCCAUCUUCUUGGUAUAGCACAUCCGUCGCCAUGGUCCUUGCCGGCAAUGACGACAAUGCACCAACCACCGCGAUGCUCGUCAGCUACCGAGCCUCCACGCCAUCGCUCGCCGACCACCUCGUCGAAAAGCCGCGACAGCGCGUGCACUGCCUCGGGGAACUCCCCUUAUGGCGACGAAAAACCGGCGACGGCCAGCCUGCAGGACACGUCACCCGCACCGUGGACUGGAGCUCUGUCCUCCGGACGUGCAAGGAGUGGCUCAAGAACCCCAUGAACAUCGCGCUGCUGCUCUGGCUCCUCUGCGUCGCCGUCUCCGGCGGCAUGCUCGUCCUCCUCCUCCUUGGCCUCCUCGACGGGGUCUUCCCCGCGCCGGCGGCCAGGAACCGCUUGAUCGAGAUCAACAAUCAGCUGCUCAACGCGCUCUUUACGCUCAUGAGCCUCUACCAGCACCCCGCGCUCUGCCACCACCUCUUCCUCCUCUGCCGCUGGCGCCCCCACGACGCCGCCGAACUACGUGCCGCCUACUGCAAGGAUGGUGCCGCCGCCGCGCCGCGCCCCGGGGAGCGCGCGCACAUGUCCGUCGUGGUGGCGCUGCUCCACCUCACCGCCGCGUGCCAGUACGUCCUCUGCGGCCUCUACUGGGGAUACACCAAGAGCACCCGCCCCGAGCUCGCCGAGGACGGCUUCUUCGUGCUCGGCGUGGCCGCACCGGUCGUCGCCGCCGUGUACACCGUGUGCAGUCCGCUGGGAAAGGCCGGCAAGUGCGAGCUCGCCUGCUCCGACGCCACGGGCUUGAAGACAAAACAGCUCCCUACCCCAAUUGGGCGCGUCGUCGUCGAGCCGGAGUGGGCCGGCGGCAUGUUCGACUGCACUGGCGACGCGGCCACGGGGUGUCUCUCCCUCUCCUGUACCUUCUGCGUCUUCGGGUGGAACAUGGAGAGGCUGGGCUUGGGCAACAGGUACGUGCACGCCGUCACGUUCGUGCUGCUCUGCUUCGCGCCCCUUUGGGUGUUCGGCAUCUCGGCGCUCCACAUCCACAACUACAUCAUCGGCGACGUGGUCGGCGGCGCCGGCUUGCUGCUUUGCGCGUGCGGCCUGCUGUACGGUGGGUACUGGAGGAUUCAGAUGAGGAAAAGGUUUGGGCUCCCAGGGAGCAGGGCGUGCUGCGGGUCCAAGUCGCUGACGGACUACGCGCGGUGGCUCUUCUGCUGGCCAUGCGCGCUGGCGCAGGAGGUGCGCACGGCAAGCCUCUACCACGUCGACGGCGAGAGCUUCUACACCAAGGUUGUGGACGAUGAUCAUGAGGAGAGGCAGCCGUUGCUAGUGUCCAAUCAUCACGACGUUUUCAGAGCACCUGAGACAGUCGUUGCAGUGUCAGAAGGGACAUCGACUAAUCAUCUGGUUGUUGUUCAUGGUGAAAUGAUGGUCCCGCCAAAUGUUCAGGUUGUUGCGGUGAAAGUUGAAGAUGAUAAAUCUGACGAAUGCACUGUUGUUCACGGUGAGAUGGUCGAUCCGGCUAAUCCGAUGUCGGCGUCUGUGAGGGAGGAAGAUGAAUCUUUGGUGGAAGAUGCUGAUCAUAGUAUAUCUUCUGAUGGAAGUUGGAGGGUGGAGAAGGUGAAGAAACUGAUCAACAUGGUCACUCUGCUGUCACUGCUCAUUCUUUUGUACACUAGGGGAUUUAUACAUUAAAGAGGCAGAGGACAUUGGACAUGCAUAUAUAGAGGAUACGCCGUAGGCGCCAUAGAUAGAUUGGAUCAUUCAUCUUUCUCCAUUUUUGUUGGUGCAAAUAGGAAGUCGAUUAUCUGGAGCUUGUGGGUGUAUAUACAGACACAUAUACUUGUCACAUAGGUGUACACGAUUUAGAAGGAAUUGUACAUUUGUAAUUCGGCGAUUUCUAAUGAGAAAUAGCAAAGCCUAACUGCAAAUUUGGGAAAAGUAUUUCCUUCUAAAAAAUUUGGAAAAAAGUAAAGGCAUUUUACUACUUUUUUUCUGUCUGUUUCAGUUUAGUCAGUGUAUGUGUGU